AUGACGCACGACGAAUCAGCAAAAAUUCAUCGGGGUCGCAGAGCAGUAGCAUCUGCUUGUUCUACAUCCCAGCUAUCCUGUACCUUGAGGCUCUACCGUUUUUUUACGGAACACCAGUUCUUCUUUAUGCAUAAUUUGACUAUCUCCACUUCUAGCAGCUGCAACGGUUUGUCUGGAGGGCAGCAACUUUCGUUACUUCUACAGUCGGACGCUGGAAAGCAACUUCGUCCUCUACGAUACCUAUUGCACUGUCUCUCGACCGCUGCUUGGUGCCUGGUUCGUAGUGUAUUAAGCCUUUCUGCUUGCUCGAACCGCGCGCCUUCCUCUCGCACCCGCAUUUCCUCCACAUCUAUUUCUUUUGCGUCUUCAAUAUCCAUUACCAGGGCCUCCAGCUGCAGCCUGCAGCCCCAAAUUAGCAAUAAAGCACCACAGCUUCCAGCGACGACUUGCGUCUCUGGGGCAGAUGACUCACUUGUUAAGGGUUCUACUUUGGGCUGGUAUCGGUGUGUGUUGAAAGCUUAUCGUUUCGCCUUAAAGGUUAGAUCUGUUUUUAACUGUUGUAUUGCCCUUUGUUCAUUUCUUUGUCCCACUUAUUCUAUAGAUAGUACCCUCAUUUACAUUAUCAUGCGUACACAGCCUAUAAAGUAA